GGAGGAAUCGGAAGAUGAAAGAGGUGAGUACGCGAGCGGCGCGAGCCAUGUUGCGCGGAGGGCGCAAUACUUCCCUCAUCCGCCCGUUUGUUGAUGGGCGGUCGGCGGUUCGACGAUUGACAGUUGAUGGUUGAUGGUUAUAUGGUUGAUGGUUGUUGAUGGUUGACUAAUGCCAUGUGAUUCAUUCCAGACUACGGGCAAAUCAUAAGUGAGUCGAUGACAAACGCCAUGGUACAAGGCGCCGUUCUGCUCAAACGAAGCCCAAUCCCCGACAUGAUGGUCUCCCUGACCGGCUACGGGCUGGAAGGUUACAAACGGGUCAACACGGCUUUCGGCGUUGAAGAGAAGAUCGUGCACGCCGGUCAAAAAGCCGUAUCGGCAGGAAUCACCGCCACGGGAAUCUUUGCAAACGCCGCCAUACGCGCAGGGCUGGCUUACCAAAUGGCACCUGGCCGGCGAGAGAAGGAGACUGCGAUGCAGAUGCUGGCUAUCAAAGAGGCGGAAAAGGCGGCGGCCGCCGCUGGGAACCAGCCUGUGAAGAUCGUGCGCGUUAUUGCAGAUUCACUGCCGGGUGGUAUACCGCCACCCCAACUCGUCGACGCAGGGACACAGACCGAUUGGCCCAUUGACCAGUAUAUCCCAACGACGCUAUCAACGCGCUCUGGCAAAGGUGGCAACUCACCCCAACGCGGCACCCUCGACGCCUCAGCCGACCCCGGCGACGGCACGGUCCGCGGCGUCCUGGCCUCCUACCUCGACUCUUCCCUCCGCGUCGCCGGCAACGUCGUCACCGCCGGCAGCGAAGCCGUCCUCGGGAAAGAACGCACCCUUGUCCUCAUGGGCGUCGACCCGAUCGAAGCGCGCCGCAUCGCCCGCCAACCCGCGAAACAGGUCAAGACGGAUGAGAAGGAUGACGGGUUGUUGCCGGAAGAUGGGAACGUGGUUUAUGUCAAUGUGGGUGGCACCUUGUUUGCGACGACACUGGAGACGCUAACGACGGCGUACCCGGAUUCGCUGCUUGCGGAGUGGUUUGGGGAUGAGGCGAAACGGGCGUCGUUGGAGUUGAGGGAUGGGUGUUAUUUCGUGGAUCGCGAUGCAACGCACUUCCGCCACAUAAUAAACUACCUCCGCGGCCUCCCCUCCCACCUCUCCCUCUCCCGCACGCCCCCAGCCCUCCUCGAACUCGCCCUCGAAGCCGAAUUCUACCGUCUCCCCGACCUCGCCUCCCAACUCCACGACAUGUACGAAGACGCCCUCCUAAACCCGAUCGCGCAGUUGGACGACGACCAGAUCGAGGAGAAGGGGUGGCGCGAUGUGGCGGGGCUUGUGAGAGGGGUUGUGGGACUGGCGUGGAGGAUUGGGAAAGGGAGGCUUAGGAGACGAAGGGGGGUUGUGGUGGCGGUGGUGAAUGCGGCGGUUGUGGGGGUGGUUUUGGCGGCGCUGUGGGUAUAUUAGGUUAUGAUGUGUGCGCGGGAGGGUUUUGAUGGGAAGGGGUGGUUGUUCUGGGUGUGGCUCUUUUUGGGAAUGUAUCUUUGCUUCUUUACGAUAGUUGCAAUAGCUUGAUAGUGCGAUAGUGGGUUAAUCCGAAAUCAUAAUCCUUCCCUCAUAAUACGACGACAUAAUCAU